CGUUUCGUUGGCGGUUCCUCGGGUCGUGUCAUUCGUUAAUCAGCUGUGUAAACCGGCUGUAGCGGUUAUCACUCGUACGGCAGUAACUACGGUUUCAAACAAAUUAUCAAGUGUAAAGAUGUACAUCGCUGAAGAGAGAGGAUCACCUUAUUCUCCUGACUACCGGGUCUAUUUUAAAGAUGAAAGCGGCCCUGUCUCUCCACUACACGACAUCCCCCUGUGGGCGGACCGCGCCAAGCGCAUCGCGAACAUGGUGGUGGAAGUGCCCCGCUGGUCCAACGCCAAAAUGGAGAUCAGCCUCGGCGAGCCUCUCAACCCUAUCAAGCAGGAUGUGAAGAAAGGCGCACUACGUUUCGUAUGCAAUGUGUUUCCGCACCACGGCUACAUCUGGAACUACGGCGCGUUGCCGCAGACGUGGGAGAACCCGCAGCACGUGGACGCCGGCACGCAGGCGCGCGGGGACAACGACCCCAUCGACGUCAUCGAGAUCGGGGAGCGCGUGGCGGCGCGCGGGGACGUCGUGCCCGUCAAGAUCCUCGGCACGCUGGCGCUCAUCGACGAGGGCGAGACGGACUGGAAGCUGAUCGCGAUCGACACUCGCGACCCGUCCGCCGACCGGCUGAACGACGUGGCCGACGUGGAGGCGCUGUUCCCCGGCCUCCUGCGCGCCACCGUGGAGUGGUUCCGGCUCUACAAGGUGCCCGACGGCAAGCCGGUGAACCAGUUCGCUUUCGACGGCGAAGCCAAAGACUCCGCUUUCGCACACAAGGUCGUCGACGAGGUGCACCAGUUCUGGAAGAGCCUUGUGAACGGUGAGGUCGCGGGCGCCUCUGACAUCUGCAAGAUGAACGUGAGCGUGGAGAGCAGCGCCGGCCGCGUGGAGCGCGCGGAGGCGGCGCGCGUGCUCGCCGGCGCGCCGCCCGCCGCGCUGCCGCACGCGCUGCCCGCCACCGUGGACAAGUGGCAUUUCGUGUCGAACCUGUAACGCGGAGCGCCCGACGGCGGUUCGGCUGGAGGCGACGAGGUCGUUGCUGGAGUAUCCAUUUGUGCAUUUGCUGCUGAGAGUUUUCUCAUGUCAUAUUUAUAUACCUGUAGCCGUGUCGUCGUAACGGCUGCAACUAGUACUGUGGUACACUGUUUGUUGAGCAGACGUUACGAUUUUGUUGUUAACUUAUUUAAGUUGUCAUGUAAGAGUAAAUUAUAGAUAUAUUUUUUAA